AUGGAAGUGAAGGCGCGGAAGAGGGGUGCACACAGAAAAUCCCGCUGGGGAUGCACCAGCUGUAAGAGGAGAAGGGUCAAGGUACGGCAAAUAGCCAAGAACCAGCACCUACAUCGAGGUGUUCACUGGGCGAUCAAUCCUCCAGACCGUGCUGACUCGGACUUCCUACAGUGCAACGAGCAGAAGCCCAUAUGCACAAACUGUCGCAUCCGAAAUCUCCAAUGUGUUUAUCCAUCUAAUCACACUGCGGUGGUAGAAGCGCACAAUGCCACACCUCGGGGAAGGGGCAUUCUUCGACAUGAAAUCUCAUCUGCCAGUUCCCAAAGCCAAAGACCACCGAUAACCCCGUCCCCAUCCCCCCCCUCAUCAUCAAAACGGGCGUCCAAGAGCUCAGCAGCCUCGCAAGCUCUAGUCCGGGCGGCCUCGCCCAGCGCAUUUUCAGGAAUCUCAAACCCUUCUCCCGUGACCUUUUCAAGCACACCCACAUCGAACAGAACCCUAGAACUCGAACUCCUUCACCGCUGGUUGACGAGAACAUGGCAGUGUGUCUGCACUUCUCCCGCCUGCAGUUUUCUUUUAACAAAUAUCGUUCCCCGUAUUUGCAUGAAGACCAACUAUCUCCUAAACAAUGUUUUUGCUCUCGCCGCCAUCGACCUAGCAAAGCAGGCAUCGGACCCCAACAGUAAAUCUCUAAUACUCACCAAGGAUGGAUACCGAUACCAAUCCGCAGCACUUGAGUAUUCAAACAAAGCCAAUGCUGCUUUCCGCCAGGCUCUUGAUGAAGUAGAUGCCAAUAUCACUCCAAAGAAACUGUCUGCUCUCUUGUUUUUCGCCUCCUUUACCUUCGUGCUCAAUCUCACGUUCCCCAACCCAAAGUACCAGACCUGCAUUCUCGAAACCCUGGGCACGUCCAUGGCGUUAUACGUGGGCUCCUUCGUCGCCAACCGCCCAAACCUCGACUGGCUUAACCGGUCCUCUUGUUCUCUCGCUGCCGCUGUGAAACGCCUUCCCGUGCUUCCGCCGGAGCUCAUGCAUAAACUCGACAUCGACACCCAGCUGGCCCUUGCGCGCUUGGAGUUUCUCAUCAAACGAAUGCGCGUGCCAGUAAGGCUACCAGAAGAGCUACCAGAAGAUAUGGUAGAGGUGAUUAUCGAUGGUGAUGGUAAGAGUGGUGAUAAUAUCCGCCAGAUAAACAACACGGACUGCCAUGACAAGCACAGCAGCAGCAACAGCAAUGUGCGAGUCGCAUACGAAAUACCUGCCUACAAACGUGCCCUUGACCAGAUAAAAUAUUCAUUCAUGAACGACGCGACCAAUGGGAUGUUCAAGGGAAUGUUCUAUACUAUCCUCGCUGUCGGUGGCCGGGAGCUGACUGCGGCUUUCCAGGGCCGCGAGCCUCUGGCGCUGUUCGUCAUGAUGUUCUGGGCCGUGCUGGUUCAUCGGUCGCGGAAAAGCAUUACGAUGUGGUGGGUUGGGGAUAUUGGAAAGGACAUUGUGGAUGAGAUUUCUGAGGUGCUAGUUACGUCGCCGCUUGUGCGGUUUGAUGGGGUCGGCGAGACCAUUCUGUGGGCGAGGAGGGAGGCUGGACUGGAUUCCAGUACUGAUUCGGAUUUGUCGCCAUCGUCGCUGUCGUUCUUGGUGUUGCUGCAGUCGCGUUGUGGUGGGUCACUUGAUCGUCCUAUGCUCCCAAUUCAAAACCGGAAACAGUAUACGUCGCAAAGGAAUAUUUGCCCCCUCGAGAUAAUCAGUACAGGAUCGAUUGCUUCGAAUAUGCCCACGCCCCCUUGA